AUGUCGUCGACGCGGCCGGCGAGGCGGAGUUACCAGGCCGCCGGCCUCUCCGCAGCCCGGGCUUGUUGCUCUCCUCCGGGCUGCUCUCUGCACGCCGAGCCCUCCUCGUCCAUCCGGGACGUGCAGUUUUGCACUGUAAGCAUCAUGAAGCGCAAGGAUGUGUCGCUGGCAACCAAGAUGGCGUUAAUUCAUGCCAUGGCAGUCCCCAUUACUAUAGAUGGGUGUGGAAGGAAGAAAGUAUUAAUAGUCUACGCUCACCAAGAACCCAAGUCUCUGAAUGGAUCCCUGAAAACUGCCGCAGUGAAAGAACUGACCAAGCAAGGCUGUAGCGUUACUGUUUCUGACCUCUACGGGAUGCAGUUUGAGCCAAGGGCAACGAGAAAGGACAUCACUGGUGAUCUGCACAACCCGGAACAGUUUAAUUAUGGAGUGGAGUCAUGGGAAGCGUACAAAAAUGGGCGCCUCUCUGAAGAUUUGAUUGAGGAGCAGAGGAAAGUGGAAGAAGCCGACUUGGUGAUUUUCCAGUUUCCUUUAUAUUGGUUCAGCAUGCCAGCGAUCAUGAAGGGCUGGCUGGACAGAGUCUUUGUUCAAGGAUUCGCUCACAAUUUCCCACAGUGUUACGAGUCUGGCUUACUCAAGAAUAAACUAGCCUUGCUUUCCUUUACCACUGGAGGAGACCAGGGGAUGUAUUCAGAUGACGGAGUCAGCGGCAAUAUCCGUUACCUUCUGUGGCCCAUGCAGCACGGGAUAAUGCAUUUCUGCGGCUUGAGCAUCCUCGCCCCUCAUAUCUGCUUUGCGCCAGAGUACGCACCUGAAGAGGAGCGAGCGCAAAUGCUGACGUCUUGGGUGGAACGGCUGAAGACCAUCUGGGAGGAGGAGCCUAUAGAUUGCACUCCUGAGUGGUACUAUAAGUAACAUAGCUGGGAAUGUCGGUGAUUCAAAUACCCUUCAGGUUUUUCCCCCCCUCUGGUUGGGUUCUUAAAAACCUUUCCUGUUGCUCUCCCUCAGUCAGCAUGAAAAGCAAAAAGGGGUCAGAUCAGGUGACUGGGCUUGGAUGAAGGUUCCCACACAAAU